AUGUUCCGCAAUCAGUAUGACAGUGAUGUCACAGUAUGGAGCCCCCAAGGCCGUCUUCACCAAGUAGAGUAUGCUAUGGAGGCAGUUAAACUUGGGUCUGCUACAGUUGGCCUAAAAAACAAACAGUUUGCAGUACUUAUAGCCCUUAAGAGAGCAGUAAGUGAACUCUCUGCGUAUCAGAAGAAAGUGAUUCCAAUUGAUGAACAUAUUGCCAUCUCUAUUUCGGGAUUAACAGCUGAUGCAAGAAUGUUGAGCCGUUACAUGCGUACAGAGUGCCUUAACCAUCGCUAUGCUCACGACGCACCUAUGCCAGUUGGCAGACUCAUUGGGCUUGUUGGCAAUAAGAUGCAGAUAUGCACUCAGCGAUAUGAUAAACGACCACUCGGUGUCGGCUUGCUUGUGGCAGGAUAUGAUGACCAAGGCCCACACAUCUACCAGACAUGCCCAUCUGCUAACUUCUUCGAUUGCCGAGCUAUGGCCAUCGGUGCACGUUCUCAAUCGGCUCGUACAUAUCUUGAGAAGCAUCUCAACUCAUUCCCAGAUAGUGAUCUACAAGAAAUAGUAGCUCAUGGCCUGCGUGCUCUCAGAGAUACACUACCUAAUGAAGUGGAUUUGAAUACUAAGAAUGUAUCUAUCGCUAUUGUGGGCCCAAAGACUCCACUCCGCAUUUGUGAUGAAGACGAGUUAUCUCGUUUCCUGACGCUCGUUGAAGGAGAAGAGAGGCGUAGUGGCAGCGGGGCUGCUACCGGCGAUACCGCGCCCGCGCAGGAACGGGACACGGGGGACGACAGGGAACCUCAACCGGGGGUGGCCAUGGACACAGAGUAG